AUGUGUGCCAAAAUUUAUUAUCCAGUUCCACAUAUUUUGCAACUACAGCAAAAUGAAAGUUGAAAACCCAAAAAAAAAGCCACUUUUUUUCUAUCGCGAAAAGGGGCGUGGCUUUUGCGGUCCCUAAUUUCCAAUUGAAAAUUGAUCCAAACCAAUUUUAAAAACAAAAUAUGUUCUCUUUUGACCAUUUAUAGUUAUAGAACUGACCCGGAAAAAAAUUUUUUUCUUUCAGAAGAGAAAAAAUUCCAGUUUUUUUUGAAAAAAAUGACGAUUUUCGCAGUCUUUGAGUCAUAACUAGUACCAGAACCCCCGAAUGCCUGGAUUUUUAUUUUUUCAAUCGACGCGUUAGGGUCUUGUGAGUAGAGGAAAAAUGCCGAGAAACUCUGAAUCCGGGUGAUCCAGUUGACCUCCUUCUCGAAGAACGCGGCCAACUUGAAAAUCGCAAAACCUUUGAAAAUUUCUAUUUUUUGUGAAAGCCGGAUUCCGUCUUGUUUUUUAUUUUCGUUCAACAUAACACAGCUUGCUGCGAAAUUACAGCUCAAAAGUAGCGAGCUGGAACCCUUUGAAAAAAAAUUUCUGACGUUUUUCUGAUUUUUCGUUUUUUCGGCAUUUUCAAACUCUAACUAGUACUAGAACCUCCGAAUGCCUGGAUUUUUAUUUCUUUAAUCGACGCGUUAGGGUCUUGUGAGUAGAGGGAAAUCUCAAGACACCAGCUGUAAGACUUGGCCAAACGGUGAACUUCUCAUCCUCGGCCACAAAGUCCCUGGGAAGAACGUCGGCGGCGUCGGUUUCCUCGUCAAUCGCCAGGUCCAACACCUCGUCGACUCGCACGAAAUCGUCAACGCCCGCCUCGGCAUCCUCCGACUCAACCUAGGAAAACGAGGAAGACUCACCAUCAUCAACGUCUACUCGCCGACCUCACCAGAAGCCGAAUCUAAGGCUAAAAGGGAAGAGAAGGAAAAGGAACUUGACGAUUUCUACCGGAAGCUCGAGGAAACGAUCCAACGAGAGAAGGCGUACUACAUCUUCGUUCUGGGUGACUUCAACGCGAAGAUGGGCAAGUGCGCCACUCCCUCGAUUCGUUACGGGAAGCACGGACUCGGAAUUCGGAACGACAACGGAGAACGCCUAGCCGAACUUCUCGACUCCAGAAGGCUCUACCACGGCAACUCUCUCUUCGAGAAGCCUGAUCAGAGACGCUGGACCUGGAAAUCGCCCAACGGAGACACCACCAACGAGAUCGACCACAUUCUGGCCAACCGGAAAUGGUCUCUCCUCGACGUUGCCGUACUACCCAGUUUCGACGUUGGAUCCGACCAUCGACUCGUUCGCGCCAAGGUCCGUCUGAACCAGAAGUUCCUGAAGAAAGACUACCACCAGCCAUCGAGACCGAGAAGACCAACCUACGACAUCACCACGUUGGAGGAGAAGAUCUCGGAGCACGACUGGCAGCUUCUCGACGACCCGACAGCCGACUACGAAUCCCUCUGCGAUGACCUCAUCAGAUGUGCAGAACCUGCAGCUCGACCAACCUCGUCUCUACCGCCGCGACUCGACCAACGAGCGAAAGAUCUGCUGCGAAGAAGAGGAGAAGUCAAACGAGACCCGCAGGCCACGCACCUAGAACGUCUGACGAUCGACAAAGCCUGCAGAAUGGCCGUGCAAGAGUCUCAAGCCAACCGACGCAGGAGUGCACUUCUUCAGACAGCUGAGAAACGUCAAAGCCUCAAGAAGAAGAAGUUCGAGCUCGUCGACGAGCGAACGGUGAUGACAGCACUGAAGGACGAGAACGGCCAGCUGAAGACGUCAAGGAACGAGAUGGAGCGCCUGACGGUCGACUUCUACACGAAACUCUUCCGAAGCGACGUUCCCGUCCCCAGAACACCAACGCCGCCACCAGAAGAUGAACCCCGAUCCUUCCCGAAGAAGUCAAGUACGCCAUCAGGAAGCUGAAGGUCGGAACGGCCGCAGGACCCGACAACAUCUCAUCCGAACUGCUGAAGGCUGGAGGAGACUCGCGGUACCGACUACUUCCCCGGCACUUCUCCAAGUACCUGAGCGAAGCCUCUAUUCCUGAACAAUGGAAAACGUCCAAGACGAUCCUCAUUCCGAAGAAGGGCGACCUCACCGACCUGAACAACUUCAGACCGAUCUCCCUCUUAUCGGUCGUCUACAAGUUGUUCACCAAGGUCAUCGUCAACAGACUAGAGAAGCAACUCGACAACUUCCAACCGCCCUCGCAGGCUGGCUUCCGACGCAACUAUUCUUGCCUCGACCACAUCCACGCCUUGACCCAGGUGGUGGAACGGCACCGGGAGCACCAGAUGCCCCUUGCGUUGGCCUUCGUCGACUACUACAAGGCCUUCGACAGCGUGGAGAUCAACGCCGUCUUGAAUGCUCUUGCCUCCGCCGGAGUCGCCACGAAGUACGUCGAGCUGAUCGCCAACAGCAACGAGGGAACGUCCACGACCAUCCAGCUGUUCGACAAGAAGCUUUCGAUCCCCAUCAGGAAAGGUGUUCGCCAGGGAGAUACCAUCUCCCCAAGUUGUUCUCCACGGCACUAGAAGACGCGAUGCGCCAACUUGGAUGGGACGAAGAGCACGACUGGGAAGACAGUACAGACAUCAGAGGCAUCAACAUCGACGGCAAGGUCCUCACAAACCUCCGCUUCGCCGACGACAUCGUACUCUUCUCAAGCUCCACCACCGAACUGUCCUCCAUGCUGAACGAUCUGGACGAAGUCGGCAAGAAGAUCGGCCUUAAGAUGAACGUCAAGAAGACGCAGUGGAUGAAGAACCGCUUCUGCGACCAAGACAAAGUCACCCUUUGAGGGCCGCGACCUUCAGGAGGUCACAUCCUACAUCUACCUUGGCCGGGAAGUAAACAUGGUGAACGACCUGCAAGCAGAGAUCGGCAGACGCAAACGCGCUGGAUGGGCCGCCUUCAACUCCAUCAAAGAAGUCACCAGUCAGCUGAAAAAAACCCGAAACUGCGAGCUCACAUCUUCGAAGCGUCGAUAAUCCCUGCCAUCUCCAACGGUACCGAAGUUUGGCCUGACACGAAGAAAAAAAUGCAACCGCCCUACGAACUUCCUACCGCGCACUGGAACGUGCUCUCAUCAGCACCACUCGCUUCGAGCAGUGGAAAAAGAACAGAGGAGCACAGACCUCCGUCAACUAUCCCAAAUCCGGGAUCUAGAAGAGCACAUACAACGCGGGAAACAUCGUUGGGGCGGCCACGUCAUCCGCAGACAAGACGACCGCUGGUCCACGAGAUUAACACACUGGAUUCCGAGAAACAUCAAGCGCCCACUCGGGCGCCCACCGACUCAGAUGGACGGACUACUUCCGCAAGAACAUCAGUCAGCCAGGCCGCCACUGGAUGACCGUCGCGCAAGACCGAGCCGCCUGGAGAACGUGUGGUCCACGCUGAGAACAUCAGCGAAGAUGGACCAUCAAAGUAUCAAAGUAAGUAAGUAAUUUUUCACUUUCUCGGAAAAAACUUUUUGUCCAAAAUAAUUUGAUCAGCGUUUCAGUCCAGUUGAUAAUUCAGAAGGAAUGAAAUGAAAAAAUUUACGCCACAGGAAGAGGAGCAAGUCUCCUCUAGCCUAUGGGCCGAGAGAAAAUGUUUGUCGAAAGUCUUGGUAAAUCGAGUGAAAUGAGAAGCCAUCUUCUUUUGGACAAAAAUUUUUGGUCCAUUUUCCCGAUGUCGAUGAAUUCUUCCUAGAAAAACUGGCAAAAACCAAUUUCUUCAAAAAGUUUCGAACCCCGGUCAUAGACACCACAGUGCAAGGACGCUAGCCACUGCACCACGCUGCCAACUGUGGUGCAGGGCUCGUACGCGAGGCACAUUCCCUCUUGCGUUGCAGCUCUUAUUCAGCGUGCAAACUUUGAAGCUUCAUAA